AUGGAGGACAGCGCGUCACCAGCUCACCUGACGUUGCACUCACAAGAUCAUUCGAAAGAUUCUCAUUGCAACGAGAUAACAGCCGGUUUGACGUUCGACCAGAAUGAUUCGCAAGACUCCAACCGCAGGCCGAAUGAAAGUGAUUUCCUCAUGGCGAUGGAGUCGAUGGAAGGCAACGCACCACAUGCUCCGUCAGAGCAGAAGUCUACCUUGAGCGCUGACUUGCGUGCAAACCACCAUGUCGAAUCUGCCACGAAAGAUCCCAAUGCCACAGCGACAAAGCUUGUGAACCUUUCAAGGGCAAGUGGAAUGUCAGUGUACUCACUAACACCAUUGCGAUCGGACGAUUUCUCCAACCUGGAGGAAUCUUUGCAAGAGCAAGGGAGUUUUCCUGAUAGCAUCGACGAGUAUUGCCCUUCACACGAGUUGGACUUCUCGGGGAUCUCGCUGGGAGAGAAGAGAGGCGGAGAAGGGGAAGGAGGAGAAUCGAACCACGUCGCAAACGAGAUGGACCUGUCCAACAUAUCUUUGUCGGAAUGCAAGAAGCUGCUGGUUCAGAGUGCGGAGCUACUGAGUUUGGAACGGAAGGAGAAGGAGGAAGCGACGCUUGCGCUUGCUGAGCUCCGAGACGAGCUCAUGUCGCGUCAGAAGCAAUUGCGGCUGGGGCAGCCUGGCGAUGCGUCGCAGAUGCAGACAGGAGGGGGGGAGGAGGAGACAGAGCAGGAGCGAGCGAGCGGAGCAGGGAUAGAAGGAGGGGCGGAAGAGAUCGAAAAAGACGUUUCAAAAAUGGUCAUGAAGGAGCUCAAAGAGAUGAUUGGAUUUGUCGAGAUGGAGCUCGAGCUUUGUCAAGAGCUUUCCAUGAUCGCUCUCACUGAUUCUCCAUUCUCAGAGCAAGAGGCCGGAAGUGGUUCCUCCCCUGUGGAAAGGCUCUGGCGCAUCCUCCGCCUGUGCGUGUCUGUGAUUCCAAGCACUAGAGAAUGUCCUAUGAUCAUGGAGAUCUUCAGACAUCAGGCCAUGGCUUCGCCUGCUUUCCUCCCACCGCCUUCUCUGUGCUCUCAGUCGAAAGACGGAAACAGCGAAACUUCCUUCGAGGGGGAACUUGCGCCGCUAGAGAAAAUCAGCCUGGUCCAGCAGAGGAUCAUGAACUUGUCCCGGAGCCUCCACAAGGACGGACAGUCAAGCCAGGAUAUUCCUCGUGAUGGAGAUGAUGAGCUACUGGUGGAGGGCGAGUCGCCCGGCCUGCUGGACAUGUCGAACGAGACUGAGAGCAGGGAAAGGCGGAAGGGAAACUCCCGAGAGAUGCAGGGCCGGGAGUUGGGAGGCCGGGAGGAAAGAGGCCAGUACGCAGGGGAGGACCAGAUCCCAGCAUGGAGAGAGGAGGAGGAUAUGCAAUCAGAAUCUCGCAAGUCCUCACGAUCCGAAUCGCAUGUCCGCUUCUCGCCUCCUACCAUCCUGACGCCCAAGAACCUUCCCGACAGAUCGAGGAUCAGGAGCGUUAGCUCCAUCAGUAUGGAAGACGUGUCGCUGGCAGCGAGCGGGAAGAUCACACUGGAGGAUGCGAUCUCUUUAAUCUCAAAGGGGAUGAAGACGAAGCCAAAAGUGAAGUCUUGCCUAUCAGAGGGGAACUCAAUGCAUACAAGAGACCUGUCCUCGUUCAAGCGACCUCAACCCGUAGAAGACAAAGCUGUGAGCAGCGCAGGAAAGAAGAAGGAAGAACGAGACAGCAGGCACCUCACCAGCUCUGAUCACAGCGCGCGAUCACACCAGUCCAAGAAGAAGGCGGAUCAUGGAAAGAGAAUCGCCGAGUCAAUACUCCCAGCUUGCAAACUCCUGGCUGAGGCAUCCUUGAAGGAUGCCGAGGACGCGAGCCCCUCUGCGAGGAGGAGACGGACUACAUCCCCCGUCACCUGCCAGAGGGGACCUCUAGGACACACGCAUUGCCGUAGCUGGAACAAGAAGAUCAGCUCCUACUCCACGAAGCCCAUCCUAGAGCUCCAUCAGAGCAUCUACAACCGCAAGGAGGAGGAGGAAGAAGAAAAGACGGUUCGACUUCCUCCUGUGGUCGAGACGUGGUGGGAAAGGAUUGCUGAGGCACGAGAUCGAAGGGCAAACAUGAUUUCGAGGAAGAAGUGA